AUGUGGUUUAGUCCUGUUCGGGAGAAGGAGACAGUGAAGUUGCUUAGAAAAGUGGUCAAUAUCACGGACGUGGUUGCCGCAUGCAAGGAUACUGGAUACGAGUGGUUUGAACAAUUCCUUCGUAGUUUGUUGAAAAAGGAGGAAUGCGAGAAGGUAAAACCAGUCGAAAAAGCUUGCAAACAAAUUGUAGAGUGUUUAGUUCAGAACAUUAUGCGACUUGAAGAAAUAUCCGGACAAAACAACCAACGUCUCGUUGCUUGCUUGGCCACACUUCAUCUGCUCACUAAAAUUCGCCCGGAACUGAUGGUUCAAUAUACAAUGGUUUUGCAGACGUAUCUGCGGUGCAAUGAAAAUUCUGAUCCGCACGUCUUACACUACGUCGCUCGAAUAUUGGAAGUUACUGUCCCGUUGAUGGAACAUCCUAGUGAAUCGUUUGUCGCCCAGCUGGAGGAAGAUAUGGUGAAACUAACCUUAAAACAUGGGAAAAUGGUACUUGAAUCAUGCGUUGCG